UCAAAAUCUUUACAAUUUCAAAAUGUACUCAAAAGUUGUAAAAGAAUCAUCAGAAAACUGGCUAUCAUUGAAACCAGAUUCUCUUGUACCAAUCAAUUCAAUGCACCACACUCAAAAAGCAGAAAAGAUUGUGCACCAAAUUCUAACUCAACAUUGUUAUACAAAUCUCAUUCACUUCUUAGAGAAUACCUGUGCUCUUUUAUAUGCUGAGAAUCAUACCAUCGUCGAAACGCAUUCAAAGGAAAAGUCGACUAUUUUAACAAUGUUCGAAACAAAACUAACCGAAGCGCGUAAAAUAUUAAAUGACACAAUGAUAGAAAAAUCUCGCAUGGAAAUGGAUAUCGAACGAUUAUUUGAAGAAAAUACUCAGCUGCGAAAUAGAUUCCACAAAGUAAACGAACAAUUGAAUGCAUUUAAAUUGUAUGAACAACGUUACAAUGAUACAGCUUUGUUGCUCAAAUCAACUAUCGCUGAAAAAGAUAAAGCAAUCAAUGAUAAUGCAGAAAUUCAAAACGAUUUCACCAAAUUGAAAAACUCUUUUAAUGAAUUGUGUAAGUGUUUGACGAAUGAGAAUAUGACGAGCGUUGACACCGAAAAUGCGGCACAAACGCCAAGCCAAACAUUGGAAUUUGCUAGGAAGCUAAAUAUUCAAGUGAAAAAAUGUCUAACAAUGGAAAUCGGUGAAAUGGAUGAACGUCCUUUGCAGCUAUACAAUACCGGUUUGGAAGCAUCGUUAAGUAAAGAACAUAAAUCCAAAAUGCAUACCAAUCGCAAUGAUAUUGAUACUUUCUAUAAAGCAAAUCAUUUCCAAAUUGAAACUAACCGUACCAAUGGUGUAUCAAACGAUAUUCAAACCAUUCAGAACCAAGUUCAGGUAAAUGCUAAGAUUGCACAGUUGGAACGUGAAAAACACGGACAUUUCGAACGUAUUCAUGAGCUAGAGGAUUUGUACGAUAAACAAAUGCGCCUUCGUGUCGACGAUCAAGCGGAAAUUCAUCGCUUGCGUGGGAAAAUCGCUCAACAACUACAAGAUUAUCAAGAUCUUUUGGACAUCAAAAUCUCACUAGAUACGGAAAUAUCAGCAUACAAUGUGAUGCUGACCACUGAAGAACAACGUUUGAAUCUUUUGGGAUUGUCAUGCGAGCGCACGAAAUUGUCUGGUUAUUCAAGUGAAAUCAAAGCUACACCACGAAAACGCAAAUGCAUUUCAUUUGAUCAAACAAAUUAA